UGAAACUAAUUGAAAUUAAAUUAAAAAAAAGAGAAAAAGCAUUACGCCGCUGUGCAGCGAAUCUCCGACUGCAAAUCUCCGAUGCUGCUGCGAAUGAAGUCGAUCACCUUCUACAUAUACACAUGCCAGUAUAAAGCCGAAGUUAAGGAAGAAGACGGAGGAUCGUUUAUGGGAAAAUAAGUCAGAAAUCACUGUGUACAGAGAAAAAAUGGUGCGUUGAUUAAAGAGCCGUUAAUAAUGGCAGAACCCACAAUCGAAGAAGAUAUCCAGCGUAUUCAAAUGACUCAAGUUUUAACUGGUCAGGACACAAAUAAUUUGAAUAAGACUGCCGUAGCGGAUGCUAAAAAGGAACAUGAGCAGGACAAGAAUGGAAAUGUCAUGGAACACCAGGGAGGGGAAAGGACAACCAGAACUAAUCCGACUCCUCGCAGAAAGAAGCUGAAAGAGUCAAAAUUCUUGUUGUCAAAGAAGGCAAUUGAUAAAGAAGUAAGCGAGGAAGAUAAGGCUUGGCUUGCAUCCCGCACAGAACCAGAGUUGGACAUGUUGAUCAGCAUUAAAAAGAUGGCUAUGGAGCGUGCUAAGACCAUUCAAGACGAGCGUGCUAACGGCAUUUUCAAUUUCAAAUUGCUUCGUACUAUAGGUUUACUCUUAGAAGAAUUUGUAAAGGAGAGUUUGAAGAAUGCCCAUUCCCUAGGAGACGUAGUCGAGACUCCAACGGUUCCAUCAGAGAAGGAUGAGGGAAGGAUUCCAUUAGAGAAAGAAAGAGAACACAAUCACAUUAAACCAAUUGUUAAAGUAGAAUUGGAGGAGAUGACUACAUCAGAUGUGACAAAACGGAAAAGAAACUCUUCAGGUGAACAAGAAGAUGUCCACCUCAAGAAACGAAAGAAAAAGCGACACCGUACGACGAACGCUGAAUCUUGAACCUUGAAUUUGAAAGCAUAAAUUUCUUUUCUCCUGAUGAUAACUGAUAAAGUUUUCAUUUUAAAGAAUGUGAUCAUUUUCCUUUUGUACUUAUGUCUUGAUUUUUUGACAAUUUUCACAGUAAAAUUAUUAUAUUAGAACACUGAGAAUUUAUUGUAAAAUGCAGACUGUUAGUCCUGUCUGGUAUAACCCAUGGCUUAGUAGGAGAAAUACCUAAAACAAACUGUUGAACAAAAUGCCUCACGUUGACUAUAGCUGAAAAAAUGGAGGCAAGCACAACUAUUAAUUUUUACUCUUAACAAGGUUAUAACUGAAGACAGGCUGCAUCAUAAUUGUUAGUCACUAGGAAUUAGAAUAUGUCGUGUAUUGUGCAGUAAAAAAUGAGGCAUAAUGUACAGAAGGACAAAGUAGAGUAGUCACCUAUUAGUCUUGCUUUGGAUGUAGUCAAUAAUUUGCGUGAAGGAAGGUUAAAGAUAAUUGGCCAUCUAUCUUCAA